UCUUCGAUUGCAAUAGGAAUUCUCGCCGUUCCUUGUUACACGCCGCAAGAGAAACUCGAGCCACGGACCAACGCGUUUGCUUUACGUAACUAGAAACGCUGUAUUUGCAUAACCGUUCCUGCUCCCUCGUUAUCUCGAAUUAAAAAACCAAACCGAGCACCUACGAGUACAGACACCAGUUAAGCUACCGAGAGAACUGGCCAGCGUUGCUCAAACCUAUCGUCUAUCGCUCGCAGCUCGCACACUCGCGCGCGUUUCUACGCUUUUCCCUCGCUUUCUCCGAAAGUUACCCUCUACGGGGCUGUUGCGCGCUGCCCGUUUACCACGGCCGUUCUUUGUCCGCGACCGACACAAUCGGAGACAAAAUCCCACGGGUCAUGUACCGCCAGUCCUAAACGUGCCACCGUCACGCUAUCUCGCGCCAUCACCUUGGUGUAUUAAGACUUGCGGUGAAAUUAGCGAUACGGAAUACGGGCAUUGCGUCGCAAUCUUGUACCGCGGCGUGACGGUACGAAGGGGGGACACAUGGUACGACUGAAAAUAAUUUUCCUUCGCUGGAAACGAGAUACACGGCGUUUCGCGUUUUAUCGCGUUUCGCGGUACUUUUUUUAACACGCGUUUUACGAACGCUCGAACGAACGAUUUAACGCGCUCUCGAUUCCCCAACGAUUCCGACGAGAUACUCGAACGAUGGCGACCCUACCGCGCGUCGAUGAUCGAUCAUAAUCGAGCCCAUCCAUCCUCUCCGAGACAUCCGAUGAUAACGCGCAUUCCGUUUUCCAACUUGAUCUCUCGUCGAAAACUUCGUCUUCUCGUACGGUGUACCCUUAUCGAUUGGUUCAUCGAAACGAGUUGCGCGCAUCGCCGAUUUCGUUUCACUUUUUGCCUCGGUCGAUUUUCUGCGAAACCAGGAAUUUGGAAGAACGCGCGACCAAGACGAUCGCUGUCUUGCCGACAACACGUACACACGUAUAUACACGCGAAAAUACGUGACCACUGACGCUGGCCGACUAUCGGACCUUCUUUUUCAAUUACCGGAUGCAUAAUCGCGAACUAACACGAAACGUCAUGGCAACAACGUAUUCGAAGAGUCGACGAGCCUCGAAAUCUUGUCAACGUCCACCUAUCUUAUCGACAACAGCGAAAGUCUGUUUUCUUUCUUUCACGACGACGCUCGACAAUGUCUUGCCUCGAUUCAUCGUUUUACGAGAACCUACGCUUUAAAAUUCAAUCGCCGAGGAUAAGGAAAACCGGAAUGAACGCGGGGAGAGCGAACGAUUGUACCUCGUUCAAACGAUUAACGACUCGGAAAAAAUGUGACCGUGACGGUGCGCGCGUGGGUGCUUCGUAAAUAUGUAUCAAACAAAUUUUUUCGCUCGUAAAUCGACCUUGCUUCCAACGAUACCGAAUCGACUGAAACCCGUUCACCAUACGUUUCCUCUUUCGCGACAACAAUUCACCAAUAACAACUUCUCCGACCUCAAACGCUUUCAAAGUGUGUUUUUCGGAGGAAGACCGUGGAGGGAGGAGGAUGAAUAAGGAAGAGGAAGAAUUUCUCUCGUUUCGAUAAAAGUUCUCGUUGGGAGAGAAAACGAGCGUGUCGUACCUCGUCGUUUAGACGCGAACCCUCUCCCACGUCCACUUCUCUUGAAUAAUGUAUUACGCGACUCGUACAACGCUCUCCUCUGUAAUCGUCGGUCCUCUAUCGCCGUGUUUCCUCGCAGAACGAAUGGAUAAAGCACGCGUAUUCAAUAACAAACAGGCAACCAGGCGGAAACGAUCGAUCGAUAGAACACCGCAAAUCGUCGCGGAAUUCCAACGAUACCCGUGGUCCGAUCGAUCUUUGUCAUUGGUAGCGCGUGUACCACGAAUUAUAAUUUCUUGUGUUUUUCUCCUUACCGGUGCGGUGUUCGUUGCUCGAUCCACGCGAUUUUCCAUUACUAGCGAGAAUAUUGGCAGCCGAAUAUCGACAGAGCGCAAGUAUCCGGGAGUAUACACUAACGAGUAAAUAAUCUACGUAGGUACUAAAGCUAUCCAUUCACGGAAGCGCGAUUCGACGGCAGCGACACGUCGAAAACACGAAAGUAGAAAGUUUCUAAUCUGGCACGAGAUGGCUGUCCCCUGGAGCGUUCGCGUUCUACCUCGCGUUCACCGGUCAACGUUCCGUGACGUGCGUGUGGAUCAGGGCCCGGGUUCUCGGGCAGGGCUCGAUGUUCGUCUAUCGACCGAUAUCUCGGUUGCGAAUACGUAUCAGGAAACGCGUUCAUGGAAAAAACGCGGCAGAAACCUUGACACGAAUUGUUGGAAAGUUCAAAGAAAGGAAGGGAAAGGUCGAUGCGCCCGCGCUCUCGAAGACGGAAAUCGUGCCGACCUCUCGGCUCCUGGCAAUUUUCGCAAAGCGGACGUAUUACUUUCAAUUUCGAGUUCCGCCGAAAGCUUCCUGUACAAUUACGCUCGCGCGUGCACGGCCUUUCGUUGUUCGCCCGAGGCGGACGCUAUUUUCCACUUUACAAAGUGGAUAACGCGUUUAGGGGACGAAGCAUUUCCUGUAGACACAGACGCGAACGCGCCGUGCCAGUUGACUCGUAUCAAGUCGAUUCUCGAGCAUCGAGAACAUCGAACGUCGAAGAAACGGGACGCUCUGUUCGUUUGAAAAUUAGCCCGCGAUAUAGACGCAUUGACGUCGACGAAGAAACGGAGCGUCGAUAAACAAAUGACUGUUUCGAAAGUAUCGGACACUCAGAGACCUCUUUGUGUCGAGAACACAAAAACUAGGUACAGAUGGGUGCUCAGAAUAACUCGUUACCGACCAAUCGUUCGGUCGAUAAUUGGUUGCCAAACACGACCCGUUUUUCUCGCUUGCCUUCUUGUUCGGUUGUCGAUAACAAACUUAAUUGCGUAACGAGUUCCGAUUAAAAGCAUUUAUGUAUGUACAUACGUACAUGUGUACUUACAUAAAUGCGUCGAGAGAUAUUACGUGUAUUUCCCAGAAAAAAAGGAAGUUGAUACUUUUUUCAAGCACAUCAUUUCGUUCGAGCUAAUCGCGGAAAGAAUUACGGCUGAUGAUCCCUGUAAGAUAGCGAGUAACCGUGGAAAAUACGAGACGCAAUUCGCCACACCGGAUUCGUGCGAAAUGGACGACUAGUUUAUCUCGUACUUGCACGAUGCAAAGAUUUUUGGCACGCGAGAUCCGCGAAUCUAUCAAUAGCAGCCCCUCGCGUAUCUUUUAUUUUUAUACGCGAAUUGGCGGCGCGGUUAAUACGAACUUUCGAACGUUCCAAACAUUCUGGCGUAUAUCGAUGCGAAACGAUUUCCGCCUUUGAUUUCGAGGAAAACGAUCCUAAUCGGCAUCGUUCCGAUAAUCCAUGAUGAUGCAAUAUCGUCUCGCAACAAAAUACGAAAGUCAUCGACGAAAUCGGAAUUUGCCGUGUAGUGUUUGCGUUAUGUCACGUCACGUAUUUGUUCUGACAAACGGAAUAAAGCCCUAACCUUGACGCGGUAACCAUCAAACGGAUGUUUCGUUAAACAAAAGCGACUAUCUCACCGAUGUGACUCACGAUCGACUUCCAUGCCGAUCUUAAUUAGCGGAGGCGGUGAAUUCGUCGACGCGAAAACGGACUUUCAUUGCUCUUACUCCAAGAUCGUAAACGACGUAUGACGUGCUACGAUUACGCCAUUAUUAAACAGCGUUGCGAUUGGAGAGAUAAUAAAUUCCAAGGGUUGCGCGAGUUGAUCCGAAAGAUAAGCAGCCAGGCCAGCCAGCGAUAAUUUUACCGAUAAUUUUUCCGUUACGUAAUAUUUGUAGAUAUUUUCGGACCGAGAAUUCCUCGCGGUUCGGGCAUAACGAAUAAAUUUUUCUGUACAAAAAUUUUAAUAGUCGCGAUAACUGCAGUGAGCUCUUGAUCUCGUCAAUUAUCACCGUUUUCUACCAGAUCAUCGCAGCUCUUUUAUGCAGAUACACUCAAUUGCAGGUUCGACUGCAUCAACGUCAUAAAUGAAAUAUGCGAAAUAGACAAUAGUCUUCGCAAACAGAUUAGAAAUUUCAACUGUUAUAUCUUCUUCUUCCGUUUUUUCUUACAUUUUCUUGUAUUUUCCUGUAUUUUCUUUUAUUAUACUAUAUUUUACGUUUUUGCAAAGCUUUGUAUCCGCAUAUAUUUUUGUAUAAUCUUAAUGUUAAAAGGAUUUUCCCGUCUAUCGUAAUAAAUUAAGUUAAUUUAAAUAAUCGCGGAAUUUCGGAACGGGUGCAAAAGAAUAACGCUGAAAAGUAGUACGUUGAAUAGUAGGCGGGGCAGGUCGAAGGAUGAAACGUGCUCGCAAGGUGAUCAUCGACAGGAAUCGAUCGUAAGAUCGUCGAUAAGAUCGAACAGGAUUUAAAGAUACAGUGUGAAAAGGGACGUGGUUUCGCGCGCGAGCCUUCGAUUGGUGGAAUCAGGGCAGGAACGCCAGAUGGCGCUGUCGCGUCCAAUCGAGGAAAGGAAUUGCCGAAGCUAGCGCGACGAUUGGACGAGAGGUCUCGGUUGCUCGGACGAUUCGUUUCGUCAGACCGCACCCCGCGGUUCCCCGCAGUUCACGGUUUCGCAUCGAAUCAACUAGCACGAGGGAGAAAGAGAGAAAGACGCAGCGUUGGUGGGUUCGCGUCACGUAGUGACUUUGAUGCUGUUCCUCGGCAUGGCGAACGCCUACGUGAUGAGGACGAACAUGUCCGUGGCGAUUGUCGCGAUGAUCAAUCAUACCGCCAUCGUAAAUAAGGAGGAAGAGCCCCUGGUGAACGAAUGCGGGAUCGUUAAUUCCAGCAUCACGAGCGACCACGCUGGAAAGAGCAGCGACGGCCAGUUCGUAUGGGACAGCACUAAACAGGGCUAUUUGCUCAGCUCGUUCUUCUACGGCUACGUCCUCACGCAAAUACCGUUCGGAAUACUUGCGAAGCGUUACGGAUCCAAAUACUUUCUCGGUGUCGGCAUGCUGAUCAAUUCGUUGUUUGGACUGCUUGUGCCUAUGUCGGCCCGUUUCGGCUACUAUUAUCUGAUGGGCGUUCGCUUCAUUCAAGGUCUAGGCGAGGGUCCCAUCGUGCCUUGCACGCACGCGAUGUUGGCCAAGUGGAUACCGCCGAAUGAGCGUAGCAGAAUGGGAGCGUUUGUAUAUGCCGGAGCGCAGUUUGGCACUGUCAUCUCAAUGCCAUUGAGCGGUAUUCUAUCCGAAUAUGGUUUCGAUGGCGGUUGGCCGUCGAUCUUUUACGUGUUCGGUGCGGUCGGUACCAUAUGGUGCAUUGCUUUCCUGCUGAUGGUCUACGAGGACCCGGAAAGCCAUCCGCGUAUAUCCGAGGACGAGAAGAAGUACAUUCUGAGCGCUCUGUGGGGUAACGCCGGAGCUUCCUCUCCACCCGUACCAUGGAUUUCGAUCGUUACUUCGCUACCGUUCUGGGCUAUCCUGAUAGCGCACAUGGGCCAGAACUACGGAUACGAGACGUUGAUGACUCUGCUGCCGACCUUCAUGAAACAGAUUCUACACUUUGACAUUAAAUCGAACGGCACCGUUUCCUCGCUUCCUUACUUGGCCAUGUGGAUAUUCUCGAUGCUGGUGUCUCACGUAGCUGACUGGAUGAUCUCCAGCGGAAAGUUUAAUCACGGGUCCACGCGAAAAAUAAUCAACAGCAUCGGCCAACUGGGACCGGCUAUCGCUCUGAUAGUCGCUUCGUAUACCGGAUGCAAUUCCUGGUUGACAGUAACUAUUCUUACGAUCGGUGUAGGCUUGAACGGCGGUAUCUAUUCCGGAUUCAAAGUGAAUCAUUUGGAUAUCUCGCCGAGAUUCGCCGGCGUUUUGAUGUCUUUCACCAACUGUUUGGCCAACCUGGCGGGCUUACUGGCACCGAUCACGGCUGGCUAUAUAAUCGUCUCACCGCCGACUCAAGCGAAAUGGAGGAUCGUGUUUAUGAUUUCGGCGGGCGUGUAUAUCGUGUGCGCCUUGUUCUACGCGAUAUUUAGCUCUGGACAACGACAGCCGUGGGACAAUCCGGACAAAGACGAGGACAAAAGCGAGAAAGAAGGCUUGGAGACUGUGAAAACUGUCACAGAAACGCACCAUUGACGAGCCAGCGUGCUAGUUGCUUUUUACUUUUAUUAUCGGGUCCUUCUUCCGCAUAUUUUUUGUACUUUGUUCUUCGUUCCUGCCACUUUGCCGUUCAACGCGACGGUGUCGCGACAUGGUUCGCAGUUGCUCGCCUUCUCCGCGUCUUCGCAUCUCGCGCCCUUAUAUGACUCGACCGUCCAUCGUCGAACGUUCGUCGUUAUCGUUCGACGAGUGGCCGUUAACACGCACGAAACACGGACAUCGCAAACGCUAGACGGAAAACCAGAUGCGAGCAAGACGAUAGGAACGCGCGGGCAUGUAUUCCAAGAAAGAAGGAUAUUCGAACAAACUGCAUAGUGAUUUGUCACAGCGGCGGUGGAUCGUCUGGACGAUUAAUUCUUUCCUCCGACGCGCGAGCAGCCGUACAUUCGCUGUUUGUCCCUUGCUCGUGUGCCAAGUUAAAUAGCACGCAAACAUUUGUACAGCAAGUAAGUCGAAUCGAACGUCACAUUUCUAUAUCAAGUACAGACAAAGUAAAUUACGCAGAUAUAUAUGUAUGCUUGGAUACGUACGUACGUACGUACGUACGUGCGUGCGUGCGUGCGUGCGUGCGUGCGUGUACGAGAGAGAGAAAGAGGGAAAGAAAGAAUGAUAAGCGUGUAAAAAAAAAAAAGAAAAGAAAAAACGAGCGAGCGAAAGAUAGAAAAUGCAGAUAAUUUUACAUUUUUAUAGUAUUCAUUUUUACUUAACGGAGAUUACGUGCCUUAAGACCAAACAGUGUCGAAAUAAAGAUCAAAUCGAUGUAUUUUUCGAGGCGUCAAUUUUUAUUACGCGCUAAUAGCGGUUAUCGACCAGCCAAAAUGAUCGAUUAAAACUUCCGUCCGAUUUCUGGAUGCACGAGCACAGGCGAAUCGCGCGUUUCUCUCUUUCUCGAUCGAAUAUUAAUCAGUGGUUCGCGCGAUAAAACCCAGCACAAAGUACGAUGGCGCGUUCGAGACGGUAACGCGUCCGAAUGCCGCUUCUACGAGUAAACGGACAAGUACUAUAACAGUAUUAAAAUUAAUAUCCUCGCGUUUCUCCCAUCUCUGUUUUCGUUCGUUACUUACCAUGCGUUAUCGCGAGCAACUGCCAUUUUAUAUCGUGCGAUUGAAACCGAUCGCCAGAUAUGCGAUAAAUCGCUUCCCGAUUUCGCAAACGUCCGGGAAUUUUCAAACCGUCGCGUCGCAGCUAACAUAAUGCAAUACAACAGUGGUUUAUAAUAUAAAUAUUGUAAAUAUUUUUACGCAUAGGUUUUUAUCGAGUUGUAGACGUUAGACAAUUUGUUGCUCCUUCUUAUUUAUGCAACGUGUACAAAGCAGAAUGAAAGGAUAGGCAGAAAGUGAAAAAGACAGAGAACGAAAGAGAGCGAGCGUGAGAGAGAAAAAGUAGCCGUUAAGUAUGCUAAAAAAGAAAAAAAAAAAAAGGAAACAUUCAAAGGAAUUAUAUCUUCGUAGCAGAAUGCAUUUUCUUUUUCUAAUUAUUAUUGUUGUUACUAUUAUUAUUAUUAUUAUUAUUAUUAUUAUUAUUAUUAUUAUUAUUAUUAUUAUUAUUAUUAUUGUUGCUGUUUAUUGUUGGUAUUAUUAUUAUUAUUAUAAUUAUAGUUAGUAAUAGCAAUAGUAUCGUAAUUAUCGUCAUCGUCGCUAAGAUGUAGUCGUGAGUGCAGAAUCAUCGUAUGACACAUCAACGCCAAAGAAACGUGUACGCCUUUGUUUCGUUUCUCUUCCUUUUUACCCCCGUACAUGCAGGCGUUGUUACGGGUGUAUACGAAUAUACUUUAUCGAACGACCGCUUCGUCGUAAUUCGCACGAGCUUAGCCCGUUAUGUAGUACGCGCAACGACACUCAAACAGGUAUACACACAUACCCUCGCGUUCAAGCGGACGUUUACAAAAAGCUCCCCUGCUCGGGACGUUAAACCUCUGAAACGAUGUCGCUCCCGAGCGGAAAUUUUUCAAAUUUCUAAUUACUUACCGUUCGUUAUCGCGUAUAUCUUUUUGCUCGACCGUGUCCGGAGCGAGCGUAUCGCCGAUACCUCUGAUCGCGUAAACAGGGAUCACGGCGGAUCAGUCUGAAGUACCUGCGUUUUUCUGUGAUCGUCUAUCUAAAAAUGUAUCUUCGACGACUUUCCCCAAGGUUACUACCUCGCUAAUUUCUUGGUAACCCGUAGACUAUCCAAAUCAUUGUUGUAGCGGAAAUACGAUCAACUGCCCGUAUGAAAUUUUGCGUACGCGAGGAUAUUGUUAAAUUACGGUCACGUAUUACACGCAACGCCUCGUACAAUUCGUACCUAUCUUUUUACGCUAUACUAUCCGUAUAUGCCUAUAUGUAUAUACGUGUGUGUGUAUAUAUAUACGUGUGCGUAUAUAUACACGCUCACACACAUAUAAAUUAUGUAACUAUGUAUACUCGUGACUGCGUACACUUCGUGUGCGUGUAUGCACGACUUACCGACAAUCGCGAUAGAAAUUCUUGGAAACCCACUUUUUAUAAAGUCAAUUGUAAAACGAUCGAUAUUUUUAUACGAAUAUUUAUGGUCGUUGCGCAGCAAAAGCUGGCGCAAUUUUUCUAGAUCGUACGCGAAAUAUCUUUCAUAUUACCGAAAUUGCAGAGCGUAUAAAGUGUACACACGGGUAAAUAAAAUAUCGCUCAACGAGUA